UGUGUGUCGUCAUCACGCAAUGGGUGGCAACGUGGAAAACAUGGACGAAAGGAGUAUUUAGAGUAAACUUCAUCUUCUUAAAUACCAACCCACCCCCCCUGUUUGAAAGGUUUGCAUUUGGAAGUUACACUCGAGAAAAAUCAACUGCAUAAACGUACCUUCUUCUCGCUCUUUUAACGUUCCUGGGGAUCGAGGGACACAGAAACUGCGAGAAGCAUUUAUGACAGGAUCCGGCCUAUGCCCGGCAAAGAAGCAGUGAAGAGCGGCGAGUCUGGCUGAGUGGAGCCAGCAGAGCGGGAGAUGGGAGCAAACACCAGCCAGGUCAGUGACCUGUCCGAGAACCCCAGCCUCAAGGCCCUGGUGGGCACACAGUCCAUAUCGGAGAAUGACCCUUUCUGGAACCAGCUCAUCUCCUUCACCUUCAUCAGUCCCACCAGCAGUGGUGACUCCAAGUUACUGGAAGAGGCCGUCAUCCCCCUCGCCAAGACCCUCAUUGAAAACAAUCCCAGGACGGGGAACUUUGGCGCUCUUGUUCGAGUUUUCCUCGGAAGAACCAAAGAGCUGAAAAUCUCGACCGAAUGCCAGGAUCAGCUGUUUAUCUGGCAGGCCCACAAUGCACUGUUCAUGAUUCGCUGCCUGCUCAAGGUGUUCAUCAGGGAGAUGAGCGAAGCGGAGCUGCACCUGCAGCUCUCGUACCAGGAGAGGGCGCUGGGCUCCUGUGGAGAAGGCGGCAGCGAGGACCUCCUGGAGGAGCUGUUGUCCAACCUGAUCCACCUGAUCGUAGAAGUGCCCCAACUGGACAUCACCUACAGCAUCCUGUUUGAAGCAGUCACCACACUGCUGGUGUUCUUCUCCUACCAGCUCUUCCACAAAGACAUCCUCCGGGAUGGACCCAUCUACCAGCACAUCAUGAAGGGGCGAUGUUUGUCUCUGACGAGUCGUCUGGUGAAGACCCUGCUCUAUAACUUCAUCAGGCAGGAGAAAUGUCCUCCGCCCACCCACAUCUUUGAGCCCAAAGCCGAAGGAGGUCUGCUCUACGGCCUGGCGUCGGGGGUGGCAAGCGGACUCUGGACUGUCUUCACGUUGGGCGGAGCCGGCAGCAAAGUGGCGACGGACCAGGAGCAGAACCCCUUACCCCUGUCCAAUCAGAGCCUUCUGUUACUGCUGGUCCUCGCCAACCUGACAGACGGGCCCGACUGGCCCAACCCCUACCGCCAGGCCAUCGCUAGUUUCAGAAACACGCAAGACACGUCGUCGUCGUCCGCGGAGCAACCGCACACCUUCCAGAUCAACUUCAACAGUCUGUACACGGCGCUGUGUGAGCAGCAGCGCUCCGACCAGGCCACGCUUCUGCUGUACACCCUCCUUCACCAGAACGCCAACAUGAGGACGUACAUGCUGUCCAGGACCGACAUGGACAAUCUGGUGUUACCUAUCCUCGAGAUCCUCUACCACGUGGAGGACAGAAACUCUCAUCACGUCUACAUGGCCCUCAUCAUCCUUCUCAUCCUCACAGAGGACGAUGCUUUCAACCGCUCCAUCCACGAGGUGGUAUUGAAGAACGUCUCGUGGUACUCGGAGAGAACUUUGACCGAGAUCUCGCUCGGCAGUUUGCUCAUCCUGGUGGUCAUCCGCACCAUCCAGUUCAACAUGACCCGCACGAGGGAUAAGUACCUCCACACCAACUGUCUUGCUGCACUAGCCAACAUGUCGGCACAGUUCCGUUGUCUCCACCAGUACGCUGCCCAGCGCAUCAUCAGUUUGUUUGCUUUUUCCAAAAAGCACAACAAGGUUCUGGAGCAGGCAACCCAGUCUCUGAGGGGCCGACAGGGAGAAAACGCUGCCUUGCCCGACUAUGCCCAGGACCUGAAUGUGAUCGAGGAGGUGAUCCGCAUGAUGCUGGAGAUCAUCAACUCUUGCCUGUGCAGCUCCCUCCACCACAACCCCAACCUGGUGUACGCGCUGCUCUACAAGCGGGAGCUCUUCGAGCAGUUCAGGACGCACCCUUCGUUCCAGGACAUCAUGCAGAACCUGGACACGGUGAUCGGCUUCUUCAGUCAGCGUCUGGAGCAGGCUGGAAGUGACCUGUCAGUCGAGAGGGUUCAGGAAGUCAUCAUGAAAGGAGCUCAAGCUCUCCCCACAGACCGACUGAAGAAGUUUCCGGAGCUCAAGUUUAAGUACGUGGAGGAAGACCAGCCGGAGGACUUCUUCAUCCCGUACGUCUGGUCCCUGGUCUUCAACUCCGGGGUCGGCCUCCACUGGAGCCCGCAUGGCAUCGAGCUGUUCAGCAUGGACUCCGGCUGAGGCGCCUGCUGCAGCAGACGUGUGUUUUCCUCCCCGCUCAGUAUAGGAAAGGAAGAGAAAGACUGCCGGUGUGUGUGUGUGUGUGUGCGUGUGCGUGUGUG